CACACACACACACACGCACACACUCACACGCACACACACACACACACACGCACACACUCACACGCACACACACACACACACACACACACACACACACACACACACUCACACGUGAGAGCGCAGAGCCCGCCGGCAUGGCGAAGGAGGAGAAGAAAGCCCGGCACGGCACGGCCCCGAAUUCCCAGAGCCAGACAGGGAAGGCACCCGGAGGGGAGAAGAGCACCGGCUCGACGCAGGAGCCCGCGACGAAGAAGAAGAAGAAGCAGAAGAAAGCCAAGGGGGAUCCCAAAAGUGGCCAGGAGGAGGAAUCCCACACUUGUUGUGGCUGCCGUUUCCCGCUGCUGUUUGCGUUGCUGCAGCUGGCGUUGGGCGCCUCUGUAACAGUGCUGGGCUUCCUUAUGGCAGGCAUCAGUUCCUCUCUGCUAGUCAGAGACACUCCAUAUUGGGCUGGGAUAAUUGUCUGUGUGGUGGCCUUAGUGGGAUUUGUUCUGCUUUGUAUCUCGUACCAGCCUGAUGAGAAGACAUGUGCACAGUUCACAGUGAAGCUGCUGUAUUUUCUCCUGAGCGCCCUGGCUCUGGUUGCCUGUGUUUUGGCAGUGGCUUUUGCUGCACACCACUACUUGCAGCUGACCAAGUUCACCUGUGACACCAUCCAGGAUUCCUGCCAGUGCAAACUGGACACUGCCGACCCGCUGGGCCGCACCUUCGUGUACCGGGACGCCGACUGUGGCAGCCUGAGCAGCAUGCUCAGCCUGUACCUCCUCCUGCAGAUGGCUCUCAACCUGGUGGCAGCCCUGGUGUGCCUGCUCAUGUGCUUCGUGGUGUGGAAGCACCGCUACCAGGUCUUCUACGUGGGCGUUCGCUUCCAGCCCCUCACAGCCACUGAGGGCCACGGGCAGCAAGUGUAGGGGCUGGGCUGGGCUGGGCUGGGCUGGCAGGGGCUUGUGGCCAGGGAUGGGAUCUGCCACCACAGGCACUGCAAAGGGAUGGGCCCUUGGAAGGUGUUUGAUGAGGAAAUACGCUCACAUGGAUUUAAUGAAUUUAUUUUUCAAUCCUUUUGGGAGCAUUUUGUACGGCUGCUCUUGAG